GCCCGUCCAGCAUUUCCCCAUUCUCAUUCUCCCCGCCUCCGUCUUGUUGCUUGUCGUCGCAUCCACCGACCUCUGGAGAGUCGACUUUCAUACAAUCAAGUCUGAACCGGCCACUGGCAAGUCCAGCUACAGCGAACGCUGCGGGAGAACCUUCACCGGUCAACGUUGUCUUUGGUUGUCACUAGCUUCACGUCCGCGACCCUCGUCUCGCCAUGGAUCCACCUUCCGCAAAUAUAAUGGAUUGGGACGAGACUGCAGUCCACGCGUGGUUCGUCAAGCUCGGCCUACCACAAUACGAGAACCAAAUCCGAGAGCAUAGGAUAUCCGGCGAGGUGUUGUGUCUAUUGGACGCCGAGGGCAUGAAGGAAAUUGGAAUCGCGACCAUUGGCCAGCGACUUGCGAUCCUCAAGGGUGUCUACAACAUCAAGCUCGCUCAGGGUAUCCCUAUAGAAUCGGAUCACUAUGUACCGCCUUCGGAAGUAGAGGAGCGAAAGGAGCAACAGAGUGUGGACAAAUUGUACAAUUUACUUCGAGAUCAGGGCGAACGAUUGAGAAUGCUGGAGGAGGAGAACCGCAGGUUGAGUGACAGCCUGCACUCGUGCGUCGAAGACGUGAGCAGUGUCAGAAACAGCAUAGUUUCACAGAGGUCACAGGCCGAGACGGACAGUCCUGUACGGUCUCAUUCGUUCAAGUGGGCAUCAUUUGUUAAACCCAUGCGUUCGCCCACGAAGGCUGCCGCUCCCGAAUUCGUCGACUCACCACAGGCGUCGCCACAACGGUCUGAACACGACAUCAACUCGCGGGGUGGCAGUUCAGACAAAUCCCGCGGAGAGUCGUCACACGCGGCCGCCGGACCCAGUGGUCCUGUGAAGCAGCUGCGACACGAACCCAUCCGACAAGAUAGCUCCGACAACUUGCGCGCGCUCAGGCAAGAACCGACGAGGCAGGACAGCUCCGACAACUUGAAGAGCUUCAAGGUCAGUUUAGACGAUCCGGCGUGGAAGGUCCUACCUGCCGCGCUGAAGAAGUACAAGAUCAACAACGACGACUGGCAGAAUUACGCCAUGUUCAUCUGUUAUGGCGCGCCUGGGAACCGCAUAGAGAGGUGUUUAAGCUACGACGAGAAGCCCUUACUUCUCUUCCAGAAGCUCAAGGACGCGAAGAAGAAUCCUGUCUUCAUGCUCAAGCACAUCAAAGACAUCCGGUCACCAAUCGCCGUUGCACAACAGAAGCAGGCCGCGCGCAAAGCCUCCGGAGAGUCCUCGAAGUCACCACCCUUGUCGUCCGGGCAGACCCAGCCAACAGUACAGGGCCAGGACGCGAAUGGCCGUCCGCUCAGGUUGCAAGUCAACAACCACCCCACGGCGCCGGGGCUUUUGUCUGCGGUGCCCAAUGGGCAGUCAGGCUGGCCUGAGCUCAUGUCGCCUGCGGUGGAGAAUAAGGAGGGCGCACAUGAGCUCGGCGCUUCGGCGGAGAACGCCAGUACGUCGAAUGCUGCGAAUAGCUCAGAGAAUGCGGCACCUCCUGCAGUGCUCAGGGAGAUCCCACCAUCAACUGGGGUUUCGUAUGCUGUGGCCAUCUACCCGUAUAUGGCCGAGCAGGAGGACGAGUUCGACGUGGUUGUUGGAGACACAUUCAUCAUUCUGUCACGAGCGAGAGGGUGGUGGGUCGUCCAGCGAGACCCAGAAGGCUCAGGGGUGGUCGAACCGGACACGAGCAAGCAAGGAUGGGUACCUGCUGGUUGCCUCCUCGAAACCAGUGUCCCUGUCGCGACAGCUAUUGCGGAGGCGACCACAAGGGGUGGCUCUCAGCAUUCGCCUCCGCAGUCACCAGGCGAUCGUACCCCCAUACUGCCGCUCAGUAUCCUGUCCACAAGUUUCCCGGGUAUCGCGUUGAUGGACUACAAGAAGAAGGGAGAGGAGGAGCUGAACCUCGCGAAGGACGACUACCUCCGCGUAUUCAAGCGGUACAACCAUUGGUCAUAUGCGGUCAAAGAGGAGACCGGAGACCGAGGUUGGGUACCGUCCUGGUUCAUCGGCAAGGUGCCGACGCAACCCGGAGGCCCACAGACGCCCAGCACAAGCGGUGCACCUCACCAGCUGUCCGCCUCCUACACAGAAGGCGAGCCGCGCUUCGGGAACGACUCAUCGCAACAGACACAAGUCUCGCCGAUGUCAUCCGCGUUCCCGCCUAUGGCAACGCGAUCCACGACAGUCGCAUGA